AUGGGAAAUACAAACUUUGGAAAUACAAGAUCAGGAAGUACAAACUCCGGAAAGACCAACUACGGAAAGACCAACUCUGGAAAGACCAACUCCGGAAAGACCAACUCUGAAAAGACCAACUACGGAAAGACCAACUCUAGAAGUACAAACUCCGGAAAAACAAAUUACGGAAAGCUACCAAUAACGAAAAGACUUACUCUGAAAAGACCAACCAUGGAAAGACCAUCUCUGGAAAGACCAACUCUGGAAAGACCAACUCUGGAAAGACCAACUCUGGAAAGACCAACUCUGGAAAGACCAACUCUGAAAAGACCAACUACGGAAAGACCAACUCUAGAAACCAACCAUGGAAAGACCAACUCUGGAAAAACCAACUAUGGAAAGACCAACCCUGGAAGUACAAAUUCCGGAAAGACAAAUUACGGAAAGCUACCAAAAACGGAAAGAUUAACUCAGAAAAGAUUAACUCUGGAAAAACCAACUCUGGAAAGACCAACUCCAAAAAGACCAACUCUGGAAAGAAAAAAAACGGAAAGACCAACUCCGGAAAAAAACACCAGAAAUACCAACUUCGGAAAGACCAACUACGGAAAGACCAACUCCGGAAAGACCAAAUCUAGAAAGACCUAA